GGCAGGAAGCAGAAACACACGGCGCCGCGCGCGCCCCUCAUCCCCCCGACGCAGCCCUCCUCCGCUGCUACAGGCGCCGCGCGGAGACGGGACGGUUUCCGACUUGUCCUCUGGAAGUUUCUCCGCGAGGGACUCGGACCUGACAGCUUCGGAUGGUCUGCACACAACUUGGCUUCUCUCUCACGCUUCAUGCCACUUCCUGGCUCGGGUACCAGUUGAUGUUCUGCACUGCACAAGAGCGAAGGCACUCCGGAGACGGUCCCCUGCGUUUCCCUCGCCUUCUGGGAGGCUAUGGGCCGGGGUGGUGUCAAUGAAGGGCCCGGACCAGGAAGAAGACCCUCCAAACUGACCUCGGGAGCAGCCGCCGGCGCCAAGGGGCAGAGAGCCCAGAGUGGUCAGAUGUCCCAAAUAAAGAUAACCAACUUUCUUGGCUUGCCCGUCGCCAGCAACGUCCAUGAAAAAGUUGUUGCCCCUGCUGCCGCUGCCGAGAGCCCCGAGGAACAAGCCCCGUGCUCCACCUCUGAACCUUCCCUACCACCACCCAAGACAAAGGCUACCGGCAAAAGCAUCCCUCGUCUUCUCAAGUCUCUGGGCAGGAAGGGAGCAGGGCGAGGCACCGCCGAUGUGCAGGGGUCAGAAACGCCUUCGCAGCUGAAGAUACCUCAUUGCCAGAAAGACAAAGGCAGGACUGCCGUGUCUCCUAAGGCGCUGACAGAAGCUAAAGUUGUGAAGAGGAAGAAGAGGAAGAUGGGGAUGUACAAUUUGGUCCCAAAGAAAAAGGCUAAAGUUCUUAAACAGCUGGAGAAGAAACAGGUUGCGGGUACCAGCGUGGACGUAAACACAGCGAUGGAUCGAGGAAAGCCAGAGGUGUCGGCGGGGGCUCUGGCAGCUGGAGAGCUGAAGGCCGUCGGCGAAGAACCACAGGCGGAGGCUUACUUGGAGGAGGGCCUCCGUGUCGAGUACACAGAGCUGGCUCUGGACUCUCUGGACCUGAAAGCUCAGGAAGAACUGCUCUCUCCUCCCCUCUCAGGUUUACCAGCUGAUUCUGAGGCUACAGAGACAGAUCUGGCUGAGGAACUGCCGCUGUGCUGCUGUCGCAUGGAAACGCCAUCCAGUGGAGGCGGCCUGUCUGUGGAGCAAACCUGCAUGGCCACAGAGAGCAUGGACGGGAUGGUGAGCCGUUGCCAGAGGCGAGUGAUGAAACAGGAAAUGAUGCGGCCCUCCAACACGGUCCACCUACUAGUUCUGUGUGAGGACCACCGGGCUGGCAUGGUUAAGCACCAGUGCUGCCCGGGUUGUGGUCUCUUCUGCCGAGUGGGGACAUUCCUGGAGUGUCGGCCGUAUGGCAGCAUCUCCCACCGAUUCCACCGCGGCUGCACCUCCAUCUUGAAGGAUCGGCAGUUCUGCCCACACUGCGGGGAGGAUGCCAGCAGGGCAAAAGAGGUCACCGUGCUCAAGCCUGAUCCUGUGCCCUCCAUCCCCAAGUUGGACCCCGGGCCCGCUCUGCCAGCUGUGCCUGCCAUGUCUACCGUGCCAUCUCUGCCUGCCAUGGCUGUAGUGCCCCAGAUUCUGAGAGCGAAGAAGACCAGCGACCCGCAUAGGACAAGAGAGCAUGGCCCUGACAAGUUGAAGGCAGACUCCCUGAGCGCCGGAGAUAAACUGCCUACAGAGUCCCUGGAGAGUAUCCUGAUGGCCCUGGAUGAUGAAAACAUGAACCCCAAAAAAAUGAUGUACCCCACAAAGCAGCUAUACCUCUCUGCAAAACAAGGAGAGCUCCAGAAAGUCAUCCAUCUUCUAGUGGAUGGGAAAGACCCCAACUUCUCGAUGGAGAGCCAAAAUAAGCGCACCCCUCUCCAUGCUGCAGCUGCGGAGGGCCAUCAGGAGAUCUGUCACAUGCUGGUCCAAGCUGGAGCCAACCUGGACUCAUUUGACGAUGAGCAGAGAACGCCCCUGAUGACUUCGUGCGAAAACAACCACUUAGACACCGUCAAGUACCUGCUGAGAGCCGGGGCGGCCGUCGGCCGUAAGGAUAUUAAAGGCUCCACCUGCCUGCACGUGGUGGCUAAGCUGGGGUAUUAUGACAUCUUCCAUCAUCUUCUGUCCAAGGCGUCCAGAUACAUCAACUGUCAGGACGACGGUGGAUGGACCCCCAUUACCUGGGCCAUAGAGUACAAGCACAUGGAGCUGGUACACCUGCUGUUAGCCAGAGGAGCCGAUGUCAACAUCCGAGACAAGGAAGAAAAUGUUUGCCUCCACUGGGCGGCGCUGGCGGGGUGUGACGACAUCGCCCAGGCUCUGCUGGACAGCAGAUGUGAUCUGCAUGCCGUCAACAUCCACGGAGACUCCCCGCUCCAUGUGGCCGUGAGAGAAAACCACCUGGAGUGUGUGAUGCUGUUUCUGUCCCGAGGAGCUGACGUCAGUCUGAGGAACAGGGAGGGGGAGACUGCCCUGGACUGCUGCUCCCAGAGCUCCAAAGUCUGGAACGCACUCAACACCAACAAGAAGCUCACAGAUGCCCGGAAAGCCAGAGACUGCCGCGGGGAGAGGGUCCUCAGCAGGGACAUUUCUCGAGGGUACGAAGCGAUCCCUAUAAACUGUGUAAACGGCAUAGACGAUGAGCCCUGUCCAGAUGGGUUCAAGUACAUCCCAGACAGCUGCAUUUCCUCCCCUCUGAACAUAGACAAGGACAUCACUCACUUACAGCACUGCACCUGUACUGAUGACUGCUCGUCCAGUACCUGCAUGUGUGCUCAGCUGAGUCUGUGUUGCUGGUAUGACAGUGAGGGCCGCCUGCCGCUUGACUUCUGUCAGAGGGAACCUCCGGUGCUGUUUGAGUGCAACCACGCCUGCUCCUGCUGGAGGACUUGCAGAAACCGUGUAGUCCAGAAUGGACUCAGAGCGCGGCUGCAGCUCUACAGGACACAGAAGAUGGGCUGGGGGGUGAGGGCGCUGCAGGACAUCCCCCAAGGAACAUUCAUUUGCGAGUAUGUUGGAGAGAUCAUAACAGACGCAGAAGCGGACAAACGAGAGAACGACUCCUUCCUGUUUACCCUCGACAAUAAGGUGGGUGAUGUGCAUUGUAUUGAUGCACGGCUUUUUGGCAACAUCGGUCGUUUCAUCAACCACCUGUGUGAGCCAAACCUGCUGGCUAUCCGAGUAUUCACCAUGCACCAAGACCUGCGCUUCCCGCGUAUAGCCUUCUUCUCUAGCAGGCCGAUUCAAGCCGGUGACCAGAUAGGGUUCGACUACGGCGAUUACUACUGGAAGAUCAAGGGCAAGUACUUCGGCUGCCAGUGUGGCUCUCCGAAGUGCCGCCACCUGCCUACCACCACAGCCCAAACCGUACAGAACUUGGAGACACUCGCCAGCACCGCAGUUGGCUGCCGUAUGCCAGAUGCAUAACGCAUAGAUGCUUAACUCAAUAACGACCUUAAUGAGCGUCUCCCCUCCCUUCUGCUCAUGGUCUGCACACACACACCCAUACACACACACACACACCCAUACACACAUAUGCACCCAACACACUUCCAUGUAUUGCUGCCCUCCGUUCUAGUUUCUGAGGCAGUUUCGUUGAUCUCCGGACAGAUUAAAUGGAUGCUGUGACUGAUGCACUGUCAGCAGACGUCACCCGGCAGAUAUUCACUCCAGCAGAUACGAGAUACGUAAUUGGCCACUGCUGAUCUUGCUCUCUGCGUUUUGAAGUAAAAUUGUCAUUGUCAGCUACCCAGGUGUGUCUCGCGUGCCAUCCUGUCUGCUAAAAAAAAAAAAAAUCACUGAUGAUUAUGAUUCACACUGAAAUAAUACAAAAAAAACCACGGUAAUGAAUUGAUUAUGAGGUCAUGUUUUAUAAGCUAUGUCCUGUUUAAUUAACUUGUUUCUGAUUAUCCAGCCAGCAAUUAAAUGCUUUUUUAAAACA